AGCGACGACCCCCAUCUAAAAUUAAAAUUCCAGUGGCGCACCGCUCAGCCACUCCAGGUCUGAUACGACGCUCUGCUCCUCCAAUCCUGGCGCGGUUAUCUAGUCAAUCACUCACAGCAGUCGUCAUCAUCGAAGGCCAAAGAGAGGGGAGAGCGAGCGCAGAGAAUGGCGGGGGCGAUCACGCUGAGCAGCGGGUUCAGGAUGCCGAUCAUCGGCCUUGGCGUGUGGCGGAUGGAGGGCAAGUCCAUCCGCGACCUCGUCCUCUCCGCCAUCAAUAUCGGCUACCGCCACUUCGACUGUGCAGCCGACUACCAGAAUGAAUCAGAAGUUGGUGAAGCUCUUGCAGAGGCAUUUCAGACGGGUCUGGUGAAAAGGGAAGACCUUUUCAUCACCACAAAGCUUUGGAAUUCGGAUCAUGGGCAUGUUUCGGAGGCCUGUCAGGACAGCUUGAAGAAACUCCAACUAGACUAUCUUGAUCUGUACCUUGUUCACUUUCCUAUAGCAACCAGGCAUACUGGGGUUGGGACGACUGGUAGUGCCCUUGAUGAAGAUGGUGUGCUGGACAUAGACACUAACAUUUCACUCGAGACUACGUGGCAUGCAAUGGAAGAUCUUGUUUCCAAAGGAUUGGUUCGCAGCAUUGGAAUAAGCAACUAUGACAUCUUUCUUACUAGAGACUGCAUAGCUUACUCCAAAAUAAAGCCUGCGGUGAAUCAAAUCGAGACACAUCCUUACUUCCAGCGUGAUUCACUUGUCAAAUUCUGCCAAAAGCAUGGGAUUUGUGUUACUGCGCACACUCCUCUGGGCGGUGCAGCUGCCAAUGCUGAAUGGUUUGGUUCCAUCUCAUGUCUUGAAGAUCCAGUGAUCAAGACUUUGGCAGAGAAAUAUAACAAGACAGUAGCUCAGCUUGUUCUCCAGUGGGGUGUCCAGAGAAACACUGCUGUUAUCCCAAAGAGCUCGAAAGUUGAGAGGUUACGCGAGAACUUCCAAAUUUUCAAUUUCACUAUAUCGGAUGAGGACAUGGAAAAGAUCAAAACUAUCGAUCGCAAGUGUCGUACUAAUCAGCCAGCGAAGUUCUGGGGCAUAGACCUUUAUGCUUAGACUCGACGAUUUGAGUGAUUCUAAUAGCUGGGGAAGUUAUAUUUUAAUUGGCUCUUAGGUGACUAAAAUGCUUCCCUCGAUCCUUAUUCCCCAAGUAUUUCCAUUCUUGAUAGAUUGCAGAAAUGUUGUAUCACAGUCGGUUCGAUUCUGGUGGCUUCAUAAGUUCACACGGCUACAUUUUUUGUAAUAAUUUCUAUAUCACAUAUUUGGACCCUUAUAUUUGAUGAUUGGAACUAUUAAUCGUGAUCUAUGAUAUUUGAAAUUCUAGGAA